AUGCAGACUGCUUCUACAAACAUUUGUGAAAGAAUGGGUCGCUCUCAGGAUUUCAGUGGAUUCAAACAUGGUCCCGUGAUAGGUUGCCACCUGUGCAAUAAGUCCAUCUGUGAAAUUUCCUUGCUACUAAAUAUUCCAUGGUCAACUGUUAGUGUUAUUAUAACAAAGUGGAAGCAACUGGGAACAACAGCAACUUAGACACAAAGUGAGCGGGUUCAGCGCAUACUGAAGCUCACAGUGCACAGAAUUCGCCAACUCUGCACAGUCAACAGCUAAAUAUCCUCCAUCCUUCGUGUGGCCUUCAGAUUAGCCUAACAGUGCAUAGAGAGCUUCAUGGAAUGGGUUUCCAUGG